CUUAUCUACCAACUUAUCAGACUCCCUCUCACCUUCUCUCAUCUUCUCCUUCCAACUCCGAAAACACCACAAAUGGCCACUGCAACAACUUCUGCCGUCGUCAUCCCCACCUUCACCGGUCUUAAAUCCACCGCAGCCACCUCUUCAAGGGUCGGUACCUCCACCGUCAAGGCCAUCGCCGCCACCCCCAAGCUUUCUAUAAAAUCAUCACUUAGAGAAGCCGGCAUUGCAACCGUUGCAAUUGCCACCAGUCUCUUGCUCGCUAGCAAUGCGUUGGCUGCCGAGAUCCUGCUGGGCGACGAAGAUGGUGGCUUGAACUUUGUUCCAUCGAAUCUGACUGUGGCCUCCGGGGAGAAGAUCGUUUUCAAGAACAAUAAAGCGUUCCCACAUAACGUGAUCUUUGAUGAGGAUGCAAUUCCGGCGGGUGUUGAUGCUUCGAAAAUAUCGAUGGGUGAUGAGGAUUUGCUGAAUGGACCAGGAGACACAUACACAGUCACUUUGACUGAGAAAGGAACUUAUAGUUUCUACUGCUCCCCACAUGCAGGAGCUGGUAUGGUUGGCAAAAUCACAGUCACCUAAACUCUUCUCUCUAAAUAAGCUUAAAUUUGUUUUUAUAGAAGAGUUUAAGGGAAUUUGAUCAUAUGCCAAUUUGUAUCAUUAUCCCAACUUGCAUGCUUAUGUUCUGUACUAGUACCUUUCAUAUGCAUACCGCACAUCGACAUGCAUGUUGCCUGCUACUACCAUAGUUACACACCUCGACUAACCCAUGGGACCUUCAAGUUAACAGCAUGACAAACCUUCGUUAUCGGCCCUGAAGGGACUCGAAUUGACAAUUGGGAACUGGGAGUCCUUGCAGAUCUGACAAUUGGGAACUGACAAUUCUGUUUUAUGGAGGGAAGACUAAUGUGAGGAUAUGUGAAUUUCUCUCUAACAUAGCGCAUUUAGAGAGAAUGCAGACUGUUUUUCACUUUCAUGAGAAAGUGAGAACAAGGGGAA